GAAAAUGGAUGGUAAAAUGAGCAAGAAAGCAAGACUGAUAGGCUGCAACGCAGCUAAUCAAGGCAACAGUGGAGGUGUAGACAGGAUCAGCAGUUUGCCAGAUCAACUACUUCAUCACAUCCUCUCCUUCUUGGAAACUCGAUUGGCGGUUCAAACCAGCGCUCUCUCGAAACGAUGGAAGCUUAUUUGGACGACUCUGCCUAUUCUCAAUUUCACUUGGUCUUGGUCUAAUAUUAGAUCCGGUAAUAAGUUCAUUAACAAUAUCUUUGCUCGUCGAAACAAUAAUUCUGAUGUAUUGAAACUCAAUCAUUUUUUCUUUUAUGAAUCCCCGCAAUUUCAUGGGGUUCAGAAGCUUGCAAAUCAUGCAGUUUCACAUAAUGUUCGUCAAGUAAAUGUAGAUGUUACUGGGGCUGAUUGUAUUGUGACUAUGAAAUUAACAGGACCUAAUGCCAUCGUAUUGAAUUUAAAGCUACCCUUUGAUCAAUUCCUGAAAAAAUUAGAUUCUUGUUGGCGUUUACCCGCUUUAACAACUCUACACUUGGUACGCACUGAUUAUUCGAAACCCUACAAGUUACCUGCAUCAUAUUUGGUUGACUUGCCUGCUUUGCGGACUCUGUUACUUGAUGGUUUCGAGUUACCAAGUUCUGUUAGCCUGCCUGCUUUGCAUACUCUCAUACUGCAUAUUGUCGAAUUCCCUGAAAAUAUGAGUGAGUUCUGCCGGGUCUUCCAGGCGCUUGGAAACCUUCAGAAUCUCACAUUAUUUUUCUGGACCACCUUAAGGUGUGAUUGUGUUAUAGAUUGUCCCCAGUUGAUUAACCUGGAAAUCAAUUACUGCACUAGCAAAUCAGGAAAGAGUAUAGUGUCUAGUAAUUCUGGUAAAAUAAUGGUUUUGACUCCGAAUAUCCGCAACUUCAGUUCUGUUGGCAUCUUCCCAAUCGAAUUUGGAGCUUUUGACUUGGAAAAUGUGAAUAUACAAUUACGGGAUAGCGCUGUAAUCAAGACCGUUGCACCAUCUAAGAUGAAGGAAAAUUUUAAGAAUCAGUUUACUGAUAUGUUUUGGGGACUGUCCCGCACAAAAAUUCUUACACUUGACUCGAACAUCAUUGAGGCACUAUCUGCUCUAUCGGACUUUCUUGUUCAGACAUCCUCUCCUUUUAUUAUGUUAGAGUAUGUGAAGGUACCGCAUGGAUAUAAAGAAUCAAGUAUGUCCACAUACCUUAAAUGGUUCCUACUUGGUCGCUGUCGGAAAGCCACUAUUGUCACUACAUUGCCUCAGAAAAUCGAGAUCAAAGAGCCAGCAUCUUCGGCAGCGAAGAAUGUGCCACCACAAGACCCCUUGACAGCUCCAACAAAGGCACGGGCUGGCUCUAAAAAGGUGCAUUCAGAAGUAAAUGCUGACAGGGCGACACAGAUUGGUGUUACAGUGGAAGGGUAGGGCAAUGACGGGGUGACUUCUUCUAGAAGGGAUAGUGAUUUCGGGUUAUGGCAGGGCCAUGAGGUGAACUCUGAGUUUGCACGUCUACUCCAUAACAUUAUGAAUAACUACCCUGAAACCUUUGAGCACUUUACAACCUCAAGAAGUUAUCGACUAUGAAGCUGAAUAUGUUAUGCACCUCAGUGAAUGUGUUUACCAAAAUCUCUAUGACUCAGGUUAAUUCUGAGAUGAUUGCCGAGUACAGGGAUGUAUUUGCCGGCUUGCAGAAAUUCGGGUUCAACGUAAGUUGGCUUGUGAGCCGUCUAAACUAUAUUGAAAAGCUCCAGAAUUCACAACCUCUUUCCGAGCUUCAUGAGAUUGACUGCCAUAUCAAUAGUGCCAAAAGUAAGUUACAAGAUCUAAAGACUCUUCGUAAGAAGAAGAUGCAAGAGAUUCAGAAAGCUUUUGGAACUAUGGGCACAAACCUUGCUGUUGGUUGCAUUGGGGAUGAUCUCCUCCAUGCUCCUAAAUUUAAUGGAAAGUAAUAUAUGUUUGAAGGUUGGUUAACUGUUGCACUGUCUUGUUUAAUGUCUGGUUGUCAAGUCUCCAGUUACUUCUUGACUCCAAACUGAACUGUUUUUGGUGUAUGGUUUCUGCUUAAUUGUCAUGGAAGUCUGUAUGGUUGCUUGGUAUCUUGUACAACUCCAUCACAAAGAAGUGUGCGUGCAUUUACUUUGCCAGAGUAAUGUGGUUCAGUGACAAGUUAUUGUUGAUUUUGUUAGACUAUGCAUUACUAGCAAUAGCAAUUAUUGUUCCUUUUGUCAGAA